AUGGACAGCGGUGCAGUGCCUGCUGAGCCAACAAGUGGCACUACCCACGGCGAUUCUAGCAUCCCCUUGUUACAGAAUUGCGGCAGCUCGGUCAAAUCAGAUCAGCCGUGGACGCCCCUCCUCAACAAUCCCAGUGUCAACGACGUUCCGAUCCCAGAACGCCCAUUGGGAACAAGAAAGAAGAUGCGAAUCGGCAUUCUCGGGGCAGGCGUCUCAGGACUAUGUCUGAUGAAAGUUGCCGAAGAGAGAUUAAGCAAUGUCGAUGUCGUCUGUUACGAAAAGAACGCCGACAUCGGGGGUACCUGGCUGGAGAAUCGCUAUCCGGGCUGUGCGUGCGACAUCCCCAGUGUCGCAUACCAAUUUCCCUGGAGGCCGUGGCCUUGGAAAAACUACUACUCCUCCUCCAAGGACAUCUGGGCGUAUCUUAAGGCCGUGGAACAAGAAAAUGAUUUUAUCAAAAAAUAUAUCAAGCUGAGACACCACGUUAAAGGCCUCUCGUGGAAAGACGAGGACGCCAAAUGGGUAGUUGAAGUGGAGAACCUACAGAACGGCGAGCUCCUCGUCGACCAGGUCGACGUGAUCGUGAACGGCACCGGGAUCUUGAACCGAUGGAAGUGGCCUGAGAUUGCCGGCAUCCACGACUUCAAAGGCAAGUUGAUCCACUCUGCUAACUGGGAUCCGGAGGUCGACCUGAAAGACAAAAAGGUCGCCCUGAUCGGGGCAGGCAGCAGCGCAGUGCAGAUCCUCCCAAGCAUCUAUGACCAGGUUUCCCGUGUGUACCACUGGGUCCGCAGCAAGAUUUGGGUCACGGCAGGCUUUGCCCAGGAAUUCGCGGGCGAAAAUGGGGGGAAUUUUGCUUACAGCGACACACAAACGCAGCUGUUCAACCGAAAAGACGCCUAUUUGACCUACUGCAAGAUGAUCGAGGGCGACUUGAAUCGUCGGUUCAAGUUCGUCAUCAAUGGCUCCGAGGCACAGCGAGAAGCACGAAGAUUUGCUGAGAAGGAGAUGCGGAUAAAUUUGGCUAAUCGACCUGAUCUGAUCGAUCAGGUUAUCCCUACGGACUUCUUUGUUGGCUGCCGACGACCAACGCCUGGUCUGAAAUACCUCCAGGCGCUGGCAAGUGCCAAAACCACAGUGUACAACCAGCAGCUCAAUCGAAUCACCGCAAACGGCUGCAUCGACCCAAGUGGAAAAGAGCAGGAGGUGGACGUUAUCAUAUGUGCUACAGGCUUCGACACAUCGUACAGGCCGCGCUUUCGACUUAUGGUCAACGGCCAGAAUGUUCCCGACUCGUGGAUCGAGGAAGUGCCCUCUUACCUCAGUCUUGCUGUGGCAGGCGUACCAAACUACUUUACAUCGGGAGGCGCCUAUUUUCCCUCCGCUCACGGUUCCUUCUUCCCCCUCAUUCAAGGCUCAUGUGAAUACAUCGCUGAGGUCAUCGACAAGAUGCAGCUUGAGAACAUUACAUCUCUACGACCGAAGCCCGAGGUGACUCGGCAGUUCUCAAAGUUUGCCGAUUCCUUCUUGAAACGUACCGCCUGGACGGGGCCAUGUUCGAGCUGGUUCAAGGGCGGCAAGGUCGACGCAAAGCCUACCAUCUGGCCAGGCAGUCGUCUCCAUUUCUUGCGACUUAUUGAGAAGCCUCGGUAUGAGGACUUUGCGAUCACGUAUGAAAAGGAGAACAUGUUUUCGUUUCUCGGCAACGGCUUCCACGUUUGUGAGAGCGAUGGGUCCGACAUAACCUGGUACUUGGGAGCUACUGAAACUCACAUCGACGAGCAGGAGGUCAGAGAGGUUAUGGACGGGCUGAAAGGCAAACGGAUGGCUGGCUUCGAGCCAUGA